AUGCCACCGAAAGCAGCGGCCCCCGAGGCCCAGGGCCUGUCGCCACUAGAAAAGCAGAUUCACGGCGCAGCCCUCGCAGCGCCAGAGCACACACUCACAGGUGAUGAGCUGUCCGUGCAGUUUUCGAACGCGCCCAUUGAGGAACAGCUUCUUGCGAUCAACGGCCUCCUGAAAAAGAACCUGUUCACGGCGCAAAAGGGACCCCGCGGGAUCCAAUACGUCGCCGUCUCGCGAGGAGAGGCGAGCCUGCUGGGCAGCAUGGAUGCCAACGAGCUCAUUAUCUACAACCACAUCAAGGAAGCCAAAAAUGAAGGCAUAUGGACCAAGCUGAUCAAGGCGCGCACGAAUCUGCAUCAGACCGUCAUGACGCGCUGUCUCCGCCUGCUGGAGCAGAAGCAGCUCGUCAAGUCCGUCAAGUCCGUCAAGUUCCCUACGCGCAAAAUCUACAUGCUCUAUGAUCUCACACCGUCCAUCGAAUUGUCCGGCGGACCUUGGUACACCGACAAUGAAUUAGAUACCGGUUUCAUUCACGAACUGUCCAUGGCCUGCCUACGCUUCAUCCAGUCCAAAACAUGGCCCAAAGACGGCCGCUCUUCUGCCUUGUACCCUGCCUCACAUACCCACCAGUUCCCCACCGCCCAGCAGGUGCACCGCUACCUUCGGCAGGCCCGCCUCACCGAUACGGAACUCGAGCAGGAGCACGUCGUAGCUCUCCUUGAUCUGCUCAUCUACGACCAGCACAUCGAAAAGAUUCCCAUCUUGCCCAUGGCUUUCGCUAGCACGGAAGCAUCCGAUGACGACGAUCACGAUAACAACGACGACGACGAGGAGGAGGAGGAGGAGCCCAGGCCACGAAAAGUCCGGAUUCAAGACAUCGACUCGUCCGACUCAAGUAACGAAGAAGACAACACUCACACACGGCGGCGGAGCAAGUCAACCACUAGACGCCGCCGCGAAAAGGAAGACGAUGACUCAAGCGCGUCCGACGACGACCGCCGGCAUCGACGACCUGCCGCUCAGCCACGAUCGGUGGACAGUGAAAGCACCAUCGUUCCCUAUGUAUAUCGUGCUAUCAAGCCAUUGCUGGAGCCCCACAGCAGUCUCAUUUGCACCACUUUUGUGCCCCCGGCCACACCAACGUCCCAGUGCGAUCAGUGCUUAUCGCUCGAAUUCGAUGAUGGCGUCAUGUACGCUGAUCCAUUCACGUCCCUCAACGAAGAGGACGCGGACCAAAAAAACGCAGUAGACGAGACCCCGCAGCUUGGUUGGCUAGAAUCCAAUUUGAGUUGA